AUGCCUCCCCUCCCCAAUGAAGUGUGUUUACUCACCGUCUUUGUUGACGUUCACUACUACUUUUCGGCUCCCACGCCACGCCCAUUGCACCACCGCUUCGAUAAAGGCUCGUAUCUCUACAUCUAUCAUGACGCCGCGCAGAACAAGGCAAGAAUGGAGAUCGCAAACCACCCAGGGAUGCCCGAGCAGGAUGCUUUCUGUGGCUCAUUGGGAGCUGUUCAUCUACGCAAUUCGGAUAAAUUCCCCACUCUCUGCACUUUAAUUGUAGAUGCUCAUCGCCAGAGUACAUCGGGGCCAUCAAUGCCUUCAAUCGUUGACCAGAAUGAGUGGCUGCUGCUCAACAUCGACCCUCGUGAUGAAAGCAGGGCUUUUCUUCGACUUCAUACCCUAGAUCUCUAUUUCUGGACUUCGGGCGACGCAACACUAUUUUUGCAAAAUGCUCGUAAACUCCUAGCUCCUGCGCAACUCGAUAUUAUACCCGCGUCUCAGCAGCCCCAGGCGCAUGAAGUUGCGAUGAGCUCCGUAGUCCAGAAGCUGGAAAAUGUAGCGAUAACCGACCCGGCUUACCACAACGGUCAGACGAGAAACUCUCGCACUGAGGCUGUCCCAAUACAACAGCCACAACCACAGCUGGCAAUCCAGAAUUUUCCGCCUCCGCCUACCCAAUCAGCGAUAUCGGAGCCCGUCAGUCCCUUAGAAGCGCCCAGCGCCCAGCCUGUUUCCAAGCAAGAGGAAGCACAGAUUAACUACACUCCCAUUGCGUACAAUCCAUCUGCCCCUGCGGCGCCAGAGCCCAUUAAACUACGCGAACAAACGCCGCCACCGCCAGAUGGGGUAACCGGAACAGGGCUUGCCGCAGCCGCCGUAUCGGACAGUGGGCAAGCAUUCGCCCCCCCGCCAAUGUCUCCCGGGUUUCCCCCUCCCCCACCCAAUCAGGCUCCGGGAUAUGGACAGUAUGCAUCCCCCCCUCCAACAGCCGGUUUGGUCCACACGUCCUCUUUCACUUCUCACUCUUCGGGACAAAACCACAACCAGUCUGGCAGCAUGUCGUUUGCACCGCCUCCUACCGCCGUACAGGCACCACCAUCAGUUCCAGGGGUUCCAGGUGCGGUACCGUAUACACCACCCCCACAAGACCCAAAUACACACUUGUUCAGACAGCAGAGUUUUGGACCGCCACCCGCAUCGCCUCACAGCUCAGCACAUCAACAUUACCAGGGGGGUUAUGCGGAUUACCGUCCUGGCCAAGCUCCUCAGCCUCCACAAGCUCCAAUGGGCGGAUACUCGAGCUACUCCUACGGCCAGUCACAGCAACAGCCGCCUGGUGGGAAUAUAUAUGAUGUUCACCACCAGGUCUAUCGGCCAACGGAAGCCGAAGGCAACGCGAACUACAUAAAACAGGGGCAAAGACAGUCAUCAAGUUCCCUGGGGAAAGGUGUGGGCAAGUUUCUGAAAAAACUUGACAAGCUUUAG